AUGUCACUCAUUAUUUUCCAAAAAACCCUAGAUUUUCAAAGGCAUCUAAACGGCAAAAAUUGCAAAAUGGUUGUCGAACCACUUGAAGAAAAUGUUAUUGCACGAAUACGAAGUUCUUCAUCCAUUAACAGCGUGACUCAAUGCAUUACAGAGCUGGUUUUAAACAGUUUGGACGCUAAGGCAACAGCGAUCGCUGUUAGAGUCAAUCUCACAACCUUUCGUAUACAAGUCGUGGACAAUGGGCGAGGUAUUUCGCGGUCGAAUUUGGAAUUUGUGGGAAAACGCUACAUGACCAACAAAUGCCACAGUUUGGACGACCUCCGAAAACAUUUAAAAUGUUACGGUUUCAAAGGCGAAGCUUUGGCUAACAUUUCUCAAAUUUCGCAACGCGUUACAGUUGAGACGAGAGAGCCGAGCAGUGAGAAAACUUUCGUCAAAAUCAUCGAGAAAAAUGAGGGAACAAUUAAUUUAACUAAAUGUAGAGCGAGUCAUGGAACUACUGUUACAGUUGAAGGUUUUUUGAAUAAUUUACCGGUAAGGCAACAAUGCGUUAAAAACAACGAAUUGGAAAAUGUCAAAAGAAGUCUAGAAAGCCUUAUUAUCAUCCAUCCGCGGGUUUCUUUCACCUUGCGAAACGAUUUAGGCUUGAAAUUAAUCCUCUCAAGCGUCGAAACCCCCGACAUUGCAAGUUCCUUUAAAACAAUCCACCCCGAAAUUGACGAAAACGAAUUCGCUUUACUCAAAGUUAGCAAAAAUAAGACACGCGUUGAGGGUCUAAUCUACAAACAAUUGCACGAAAACAAGCGAUUGCAAUACUUGUACGUCAAUAAGAGACCCAUAAAUUCGCCCAAAAUCCAAAAUUUUAUUAAUUCGCUUUUUAAGAGAUUUCCAAAACAUGACCUCAAAAAGAAAAACCCGAUUUUUGUGAUACACAUUAAAUGUCCUUACUCUGACGUGGAUAUUACUCUGGAACCGGCUAAAACUCUUGUCUUUUUCAAAAAAAUGGAUACCGUGAAGCGUUGUCUCCAAAAAAUGAUCAACACGUUUAUUGGGGGUGAUAGUUUGGAGGUGGUUGCCAAAAAAUCAAGAACGGCUGCUGUAAGUGAGUUUGGGGUGUCUCAAAUAGGAGGGGCUGUUAAAGGCUUUGGGACAAAGAGGAAAAGUGAUGAAUUGGAGGAAAUGGUUUCCAAUAAAUCGGCGAAAAUUGUGGAGGAUACACCUUACUUUGGGGAACCAAGAAUAAUGUCUAAGCAAACAAAGGUAGCGUUACCUAUUGAGGUGAAAAAAGGGGAGAAAAAGGAGGAAAAAGUUGAGGGGUUUGAGGGUGUAAUGGAUAAUAGUCUUUACACGAAUUUCCCCGAGAACGAAAAAAAGGGAAAAGACGUAAUUAUGGAUAUGUUUAUAAUGUCACUAGAAGUGUUUCCUCCAGAAAAUAAGGGGAACGAAACUUUCUGUCAGACGGAAAAAUCCGAACAAUUUAAUGAGACUUUUCCCGAGAACAGCACAUCAGAGACAAACAAAGUAGCAAUGGAGGUCCAAACCACUAUAGAUAAGUCUCCAAUUAAAGAAAAUAUGGUAUCAAUAGGCAUUCAGGCAGGACCGAGUAACAUGAAUCCAAUAUUUGACAAUAAUAUCACUUUUCUACCCCGAAAGUCGAUGACUAAAUUUGUGUCAGACUACGAUUUUGAUUUUUCUAAACUGGACGCUUUGCCGACAUUUGAUUUUAAGACAAAUAACUCUGAAUUUCCAAACUUUAGUAAUGACAAUCAACCUAAAAAAUUGUUCGACUUUCGUAAUCCUAGACUUAACAAUAUUUUUGAUUGUGGGACCCCUUCAUGUGCAUUUAAGUUUUCUGCAAGAGAAAACACAUUUGUUGUCGGUGAAAACCAUCAUUUGAAACCUAAGAAAUGCUUACCUUUCAAACUCUCAGCCGAAAAUGUAAAACAGUCGCCCUAUUUUUCAAAAAAAUCGAAAGCUAGAAAUCUCUUGUCUCUCCGAAAGUCACCUCAGAUUGAUUCUAAUAAAGGAAAUCAGAAACCGAUUUGCACUUACAGAAACGAUUUUUUGGAUAAAACAUUGAAUCAAGUUGAUUUAACGUUUAUUAAAAAAGACAAUUCAAAAAGAAUUUUAAGUGGAUCACACACAAGCAAAUACUUCACACCUCAAAGAUUUAAAAGUUGCAAGUUGAGAGUCCAAACUCCGAAAUAUCUAAACACAUCUUUUGAAAAGUCGAAAGAUUUAUUUUCUGUUACUGAUUUUCCUGAAUGUGACAAGUCGGAAAGCAAACUUUUUAUAACACUUGAUGAAGAAGAUAAUACAAAAAUUAUAGAAAACGAAUCACAAUUUGAAGGAAAAAGAUCGGUGGAGGAUAUUAUAGCUCCAACAUUGAGUCAACCUCAAAAUAUGUGGAUAAAGCCAGUCUCUAAUCCUAAAAACGAUAUUACUUUUGAAAUAGCGGAAAGAUUCGAUUUUGUACCAAAAGGACUAUCCCCAAUUUUAAAAGAUUUUGACAAAGUGGACGACAUGAGUCCUCAAUCAAAACAGCAUCUACAAGACGCACUGAUAAAAUCGUACGAAGAUGAAUUGUUGAUGAUUAAGUGGCAAAACUACAUUGAUGAUAGGGAUCCGAAAAAAUUCUUUGAAGAAAUUUAUUUAGAAAAGUCGAAAAUGAUUGAAGGUGAAAUUCCUAAUGCCUUCAGCAAACAUGUCAAGGAUUUUGAAAAUAUAAGUUUUACCAAGGAUUUGUUCAAAAAUAUUGAGAUUAUUGGACAGGUCGAUUGCAAAUUCAUCGCAGUUUGGGAAAAAACAAGAAAUUUGAUUGUGCUAUUUGAUCAACAUGCUGUACAUGAGAGGGUGCGCUUGGAGGAGCUUUCUGAAGGUUACAAAAACGCAUCAACGAAACUUGACCAGGAUAUUACACUUUUUUUACAAAAAAAUGAUUUAACUCUUUUAAGGCGACAAAAAAUGAGUCUUAGGUCGUUAGGUCUGGUGUUGGAUUUUUUCACCAAUGGUUUAACUAUUUACAAAGUUCCAUUGUGUCUUUACAACAAAUCUAAAAAAGGGGUCGAUAUUGUGCUUUUAACUCAGACUUUAAUAAAAGAAAUUGUUGAUCUUCUGAAAGAUAACAAUGAAAUUAUUGUAAAUACUCCAAGUCUUAUUCAAAAUAUCGUGAAUUCUGAAGCUUGCAGAGGUGCAAUAAAAUUUGGAGAUUCUUUAACAAAAAACGAAUGUUUUGUUCAUUUGAAAAAUUUAGGUUAUUGUAAGUUGCCAUUCCAAUGUGCUCACGGAAGACCGACUCUUACUCCCUUAAUCUAUCUAAAUAGAUUUUGCGAUAUAGAGGAAUCAAAACCUCGUUUACGCAAUUUGAAGCAACGAGAAGAUUUGACUUUUUAGUUUAUUUCAAUUAUGUACUUCUUGUUUUUUUUUUUGUAUUUUGUUUAAAUAAAAUG